AUAUUAAAAAUUUUUCUAAAACACUAACGCUAAUUGAAUAUAUUAUUCACAAACAAGGACUUUAUACGCUGUAUUUCAUACGGGGUAAUAAUUUGAAAAUUUGAAUGUACUGUUAGGGUGUAAUAAUGGUGUAUAUAUAAAAUCGGCUCGAUGUAUCAAAACGUUAUCAAAACUCAGGUAAUUAAUUAAGCUUCACCGGCCGCCGGCAACCUAUGGCCUCAAAAUCUCCCAAACCCUCCAUUAGCACGGCCCUCUACGGCGGCGGCACCACCACUACCACCACCAUGGACGUUGAGAAAGUUUUCCACAUGAAUGGAGGCACUGGCCAAACUAGCUAUUCCAAAAACUCUUCCCUUCAAAAAAAGGCGUCGGACAAGGUGAAGCACGUGACACUAGAGAGCAUAGAACAAGUUUUUGUGAGGACGGUUCCGAGGAGCAUGGGCAUAGCCGACUUGGGAUGCUCCUCGGGGCCGAACACGUUGUCCAAUGUCAAAGACAUGGUGGAGAGGGUGGGGUGGGCGGGCCGGGCGCUCGGCUUGCCGGAGCCGGAGUUUCGGGUUUACCUCAACGAUCUCCCCACCAACGACUUCAACUCCAUCUUCCAGGCGUUGCCGGAGUUCCAGGCGGAGCUGAAACGGGAACGAGGCGGUGCAGGAGGAGGAGAGGGAGGGCCUUGGAUAUACAUAGCGGGUUGUCCCGGCACUUUCUAUGGAAGGCUUUUCCCGGAAAAUUGGUUGCACUUUGUUUAUUCAUCCAAUAGCUUGCAUUGGCUCUCCAAGGUCCCACCCGGGUUAUACGACGCAGAAGGAAGGCCAAAAAACAAAGGAAGCGUAUACAUAACACAACGGAGCCCCCCGGAGGUGGCCCAAGCUUAUGUUCACCAAUUUAAUUUGGAUUUCUCUUUGUUCCUUGGUUUGAGGUCAAAGGAGCUAGUCAUGGGAGGGAAAAUGGUGCUCAUUUUUCUUGGGAGGGAAACCUCUAUUCAUAUUGAUAGAGGCAAUUCUUUCUUAUGGGACCUCCUCACCAAAGCAUUCUCAAUUUUGAUCUCCAAGGGAGAAGUGGAGGAGGAGAAGGUGGACGCAUACGACGUUCAUUUUUAUGCUCCAUCGAUGGAAGAGGUAGAGAAGGCAGUGAAGAGUGAAGGUUCGUUCGAGAUGGAGAUGCUACAAAUGUUCGGAGCAGACAAUAAGAAAGAAGAAUAUUCUUAUAAGAAUGAUGGGGAGAUGAUGAUGGUGAGCUAUGGAAGGAGAGUUGCUAUGGGAGUGAGGGCAGUUCAAGAAUCAAUGUUGACACACCAUUUUGGAGGAGGAAUACUUGAUAGUCUCUUUGAAGAGUAUGGAAGAUUGCUUGAUCUUGAAUUGAGUAUACAACAUAUUACACCCAUUACUUUUGUCCUUGUACUUAGGAAACUUUAAUCCACCAAUACACCAUAGAGAAUAAAAGACCAUCCUUCCAUACUUGCUUUAAACAUUUCUAAUGCCAAACUUUGAACAAUAAAAUCUCUUAAUGUUG